AAUCAAAACAACAUGGAGCGUAUGGAGCAAGAAGUAUCUGACCUUAUCUCUUUGAGCGAUAGUGAACCUGAAUCUAAAGAAUAUUUAGAGGUAUCACAGCAUUCUCUUACAGAAACAAUAUACAAACAAAAGCAAAAGCUAUCUACACAAUCAAAUAUUAGACAGAUGUUUCAAAAAAUGGUAGCAACUGAUCCUAAACGAAAGGCAACAUCAUUAAUUACAAUUCUGAGACCUUUUGCUGAAGCAACUGAACUAUUAGGAGGCAGCAAAUAUGCUACUAUUAGUUUUAUGUAUAGUACGAUUAUAGUAAUUAAGCAAAAGCUUCUUACAUAUAAUAACAAUUUAAAUAUAGAUUUUGAUUUUUCUUGUAAUGUUUUUGAUGAUGAUGUUGUUUAUGAAGGUAAUGAAGAAUUAGAAGAAAAUUAUGAAUCAAGCAAAAAACGAUGA